CAUUUUUAUUUUUAUGCGAAUCUUUAAUGAUUUUAAUUGCAACUGAUUCAUCAAUUCCAAACGACGUUUCAUAUGAUGUUUUAUACACUACAGAAAAUCCUCCUUUACCUAUUUCUUCAAUGUUUUUAAAAUUAUCGUAUUCUAUCCAUCGAAAAUACUCAUUAUAUUCACAUUCAUGUUCAAAAAUGAGUUGGGUGUGCAACAAAUUUUCAUGGAAAAUUUGUGAAACUCUUAACAAAAAUACCGAUAAAUGUAGUGGCUGUGGCUUAAUGGUAAAGAAUGAAGAUAAAAAGAUUAUUAGUAGAAGUGCAGGUAAACAAUGGUAUUGUUCAAAAAUUUUAUUAGAAGAGUGUGGUACCGAAAAUGAUCGUUUGGAUAAGCAAUGUAAUUAUUGUGGGAGGUGA